AUGGCUCCGGUCGCGACUGCCACCGCGACUCCCGUACCCAACCACACCCACAACCACAACCACAACCACAACUCGAAUACCACCAAGAUAAAGCGACCUCCUCCGCCGGGCAUACAAACAAAUGGUGCGCCAUCUUCCCGAUCAUCACCGUCGCAGUCACCAUCCAUGUCGGUAAAACGCACACCUACCGGCGGCAAUAAGGCGCAACCAACUCCUACCUCGGCUUCCGUCAAUGGAGUCAACCGCAAUGCACCAAACCGCCCACGACGAGAGCAGUCUAUACAGCUUGCGGGCGCUGGCGCUGGCACCGACAAACGAAGCGGGAGGUCCAAUGUUCUGCGCUCUGCGAGUCAAGCGGUAGAUGGUGCACUGCCUCCGUCACUCGGGCCGCGCCCAGAUGGUAAAUGCCCUCCUCCGCUGCUUGUCAACUUGGAUACUUAUCCUUCAGUAGUUAUUACGGACCAGUACAUCCUUAAGAAGCAUGCUGGCAACCCGCCGUCACUUAUUGUACAUCUUCAUGCAACACACUUCCGCUUUGAUCAGCAAGAUAGUAUUUUCCUUUACAAGUCACCCAUGCGAAUAUUCCUCGAUCAUGUACGCGCCAGAACUCUGCCGCACGACCUCUUACCUUACUUUAUAGACCAAGGUAUCUCGUUCUACGAUGGCCGUUUGAUCAUCGAGAUCCACGACCACAAGUCGUCGGCUCAAUCCAAAGACGUCGCCAAACCAAGUCCAUCUGCCAAUAAGACUGCGCCUUUCUCGAUACAUAAUUAUACACCAUACAUUACUCCGUCGCCUUACGCACCCUAUCCCAAGGAGAAUACGGAUCCACCACCAACAGCAGGGACUAAUGCUAAGGGUACUGACGCAGAUGGAAACAAUAAGGAGAACAUGCUAGCACCUACGGCUCCUGAUACCCAGAAGAAGAAAGGCCCAGCAACGCCGAAAGUUAUCACUGUUGUUCUCCAUCCGACCUCCCAGAGUCUGUACGCGGAUCUGAUGAUCAAGACGACAACACCACAAGGCGCUCCUGAUGCCAAUGUUCCGCCAACGCCCUCGGCGCCAAUACCACCGACGCCCACGAUCGGAAGUAUGCCACCUCCUGCCAAGAAACAGAAAAAGGAGCGCAUGGAACUCGACGGAAGAAGCAUUCACGCUGCAGAGAGUCAAAUUCUGCUUGCCACUAUGGAACCUCUUCAUUUGGAACCGACCAAGAACAAGGAAGAGUUGAUAUCUUUACUGGGCCAACUGGUAGAUGAGAAGCACUCCGAUGAACCACCCAAGCCGAAGACCAGGAAGCGAACGGUUGCGGAACGCGCGGCUGAUGAGGCCGCAGCUGCUGACCACGAAAAAUUCAUGCUUACCUUUGACGACCGCUUGUCUGGCAACAAUGGCGGUACACAGGGUGGAGCCGAUGGCGCUGAAGUUUCCGGGCAAUCGGUACCGGCUGAUGUCAGGUUUGAGCGCUUCAAGGUCAUCGAGGAGAUCAAACGGGAUCAUGCCGAGAAGAAGGAGCAAGAAAAAGCCCGACAAGCGGAACAAGAACGUAAACUUGCUAUCCAGAAACAACAGCAGCAAGCCGAGCAGGCUCAACUUAUGGCGAGAAACCAACAAGAAGCUGCCGACAAGCUCCGAAGGGAAGAAGCCGUUCGGCAGCAGCAGGCCCGCCAGCAGCAAGAAGCCCAGCGACGUGUUCUGGCUCAGCAACAGGCCCAAGCCCAAGCAGCUGCGCAAGCUCAGGCUGCUGCUCAAGCUCAAGUACAAGUGACCUCGGCGCAAUCACCGCCUAAUAUGCAACAACAACUUUCUCAGGCUUCACACAGUCACCCCACGCCGGGUACCAUGCCAAAUACUUUACCGCAGCACCGCUUUCCACAAGGAGUAUCUCAAGCUCCAGCUUCAUCGCCCGUGGUGCGCCAAGGCACACCGCAGCAUAUGUCGUCGCCUAUGGUACCGAAUGGCAACCCUAUGCAGCAGACGGGAUCUGCAAUGGGUGGCAGCCCAGCACGACCACCAUCAGUGGUUCAAAACCACCCCAUGUCGGCGCCCAUGGCUGUCAGUAUGUCUGCAAGAGGCAGCCAACAGAGUCAUCCUGGCGGGACCCCUCGAAUGCCAAGCGCGACACCGCAAAUGCAGCAUGGUACGCCUAUCAACCGUCCAAUGCAAACUCCACGCAUGCCUCAAGCCAGUCCGCCACCUGCUAUGAUGGCGCAGAAUUCAGGCAUGGGCCAGCACAUGGGCCAACAGAUGCUUAUGGGUGGGCAAAAUAUGGCUAUGCAAAACAAUACAAUGGCUGUUCAGAUGCUGGCGCAGCAGCAACGACAACGCAUUGCACAGCAACAAAUGGCAGCUAUAAACGGUGGAAUGAUGAAUGGUCAAAACACACAGCAGAUUGCGCAAUUCCAGCAGCUCCAGCAGCAACGGCUAUUACAACAACAAUUGAUGAAUGCUAACAACGCUCAAAUGAUGAACGGCAAUGCCCAGAUGCUGAAUGCCCAGCAACAGGUUCAGCUUAGGCAGAUGCAGCAAAUGCAGCAGCAACAGCAAAUGCAGGCUCAGAUGGGCAACCCGAACAUGAUGAAUGUCAACGGCAUGAACGGUAUGAAUCCAGCGCAGAUGGCCGCACUGCAGCAGCAGAUGCAGAUGCAACAGCAGCAGCAGCAGCAACAGCAGCAGCAACAACAACAGCAGCAGCAGCAACAACAACAACAGCAGCAGCAGAAUGGACAACAGCCACAGAUCGCAGCGGUGCGUAAUGCGGGCAUGCAGCAGCUUGUUGGACAGAGACAGCGCAUUAUUUAUCAGCAAAACAUCGGGAAUCUGGCCACGAAGUACGGCAGCGUGCAAGCCAUACCGCCUGAAAUACAUAGGCAGUUUCAUGCCAAUUGCCACAGUAGAGCUGUUGCAUCCAUACAAGAAGCAAUGCGGAAUCAGCAGCAGCAGCAGCAGCAACAACAAGCCAUGAUGCAACAAAGCAUGCAGAAUAUGAAUGGCAUGGGCAUGUAG